CCACAGUGGGCGGCCCUAGAUAACACGAAGCUAGGUUGAUUCACUCAGGGUGGGAAGUUGAUCCGCGUGUACUGUAAUGUGGUGCUGCUCUGACAGAGAGAGGUUCAUCAUACCUGGAGAGUUUCCCCAAGCCUGCCAUGACUGACGAAGAACACGUUUAGCUGUCAAAGACAUGGAAGGACAUGAGGAGGAGAGACUGUGUGGGAAAUGGAGGGUUGCCUGUGGUUUGUACAGUUACAACCUGAGGGACGUCUUCACAUGGCGCCUGCUGAAGACCAUCGUCAUGGGGCAGGUGUUGUCCCUGCUGAUCUGUGGGACCGCAGUGAGCUGUCAGUACCUGGCCAACGCUGGGGUGGAGACGCCCAUGCUGCAGAGCUUCCUGAACUACGCCCUGCUGCUGCUCGUCUACACGACCAUUCUCUGCACCCGCAAAGGUGACAGGAACAUCCUUCAGAUUUUAAAAACCAAGUGGUGGAAAUAUUUGGUGAUGGGAAUGGCAGAUGUCGAGGCAAACUAUGCAGUUGUAAAGGCCUACCAGUUUACCACCCUGACAAGUAUUCAGCUGCUGGACUGCUUUGUGAUCCCCGUGCUGAUGGUUCUUUCUUGGUUCUUUCUGAAGACUCGCUACAAGCUGGUCCACUUCCUAGCUGUGAUGUUGUGUUUGUUGGGGGUGGGGGCCAUGGUGGGCGCUGACAUUCUGGCUGGAAGAGACCAGGGAUCCACCAGUGAUGUGGUGCUGGGAGACGGGCUGGUCCUGCUCAGCGCCAUCCUCUAUGCUGUAUCCAACGUGUGCCAAGAAUACACAGUGAAGAACUUGAGCCGAGUCGACUUCCUGGGCAUGAUGGGCCUCUUCGGGACUGUCAUAAGUGGCAUACAACUAGCUGUUCUGGAGACUCGUGCAGUAGCAGCGAUAAAGUGGGACUUUCACAUCUCCAUGCUGUUUGCAGUCUACGUCCUGUGUAUGUUUGCGCUGUACAGCUUCAUGCCUGUGGUGGUGAAGAUGACCAGUGCCACUGCGGUCAACCUCUCUCUGCUCACCGCUGACCUCUUCAGCCUCUUCUGUGGCAUCUUCCUCUUCAAAUACAUGUUUUCCACCCUGUACAUCAUCUCGUUUGUCGUCAUCACAUUGGGUUUCGUCAUGUUUAACGCCGUUCCAACAUACUCUGCUUUACCGGACUCUGGUGAGGACGACCCAGCUGAAGCGUCUGGCGAGCGCACCGCUGAGAGCUCUUCAGACCACCUGCUGACAGCAGACAGAGAGACCGCCGUCGUCUCACUGUGACUGAAACUGACUGAAGAGAGAACUUCUCUGUUGUCAGAGGUUUUGUUGUUGCACAAGUACACAUUUUCUUGUACUUAAAAAGUUUUUAUUGAUUAAGUAUUUAGAAAUGCACUUGUAUGACUUGCCGUGGCGAUUAACAGUUUGAUAAUUCCUAUUUGUUACGUCAUCAAAUAUCUGUCACUGCACUUGUCCUGUUGUGUUAAGCACAGAAAAUGCACCAUUAGAACUAUUUAUUUUGUAUGAAAACUCACCAGUUACUUGUCAGUCUGUUGCAAAACAGCAAUCCCCUUUGACCACUGAAUCAUGUCUUUGUAUUGAAUUUUUUUCCAACACAGGCCAAUCACAAAGUUUAUUUUAUCAGUUGUUGCUGUCAGUUUAUUUGGUAAUAAGACAGAUACUCUGUAAAUCUCACGCCUUUCUUUGCCUUGUAUUGCCAAAUGUCAAUCAUGUUAACAUGAAGCAGUUUUACUUUUUUACUAUUAAAUUAAUUUUAUAUUGC